AUGGCGCAACAAUACAUCUAUAACAAAGAUUACAUUAAUCAGAUAAAUGAGCAGGUUUAUAGAGAAAUAGGUAUUCCGUAUGAUUUAGAACACUUUGUGAGGAAAGGAAUUAAACCAAAUAAUUAUGAAGAUCUAAUCAUCCACAACAGUACCACUUACGGAAGUCAGCCAAUUAGAAAUGUGAUGCCAGAAAAUGCUACUGAUGGAAAAUUAAAUUCAAUUAUUGGUUUUGGAGUGGUAGUUCUUACCUUGUUAAUUAUUUACUUUUUUAACAAAAUAUUAUUCUGGUUAAUAGUAAUAUUUUCUAUUGUGUGUUACUUCUUUUUUGCCAACAAGAUCUUAGAGAAUAUAGAAACAGGUGACAAGAAGUUGCCAUUUUAG